GCCGGGCCGGGCUGGGCUGGGCUGUAGCGGGCCGAGAUGGCGGAGGCGGAGAGCCUGGAGACGGCGGCCGAGCAUGAGCGGAUCCUGCGCGAGAUCGAGAGCACCGACACGGCCUGCAUCGGGCCCACGCUCAGGUCUGUGUACGACGGCGAGGAGCAUGGCCGGUUCAUGGAGAAACUGGACUCCCGCAUCCGAAACCACGACCGGGAGAUCGAGAAAAUGUGCAACUUCCACUACCAGGGCUUCGUGGACUCCAUCACCGAGCUCCUGAAAGUCCGAGGAGAAGCCCAGAAGCUCAAGAAUCAAGUGACGGACACCAACCGGAAACUGCAGCACAAAGGAAAGGAGCUGGUCAUAGUGAUGGAGGAACUGAAGCAGUGUCGACUGCAACAGAGAAAUAUCUCCGCAACGGUGGAUAAAUUAACGCUGUGCCUUCCAGUGCUGGAGAUGUACAGCAAACUGAGGGAUCAGAUGAAAACCAAGAGACACUACCCGGCGUUGAAAACCCUGGAACACCUGGAGCAUGUCUACCUGCCCCAGGUGAGCCACUACCGUUUCUGCAAGGUCAUGGCAGAUAACAUCCCCAAACUGCGGGAGGAGAUCAAGGACGUCUCCAUGUCGGACCUCAAGGACUUCCUGGAGAGCAUCCGCAAACACUCAGACAAGAUCGGGGAGACCGCCAUGAAGCAGGCCCAGCAGCAGAGAAGCCUGGACAACAUCAUCUCCCAACACCCCAGAAUCGGGAGCCGCAAGAAGUCCAAGAAGGACGGCUACACCGGUUUGGAUUCCGAGAUGGAGAGCACAAGUCCCAAGUCCGAGCAGGACUCGGGCAUCCUGGAUGUGGAGGACGAGGAGGAGGACGAGGAGGUUCCUGGAACUCAGGAUCUGGUGGACUUCUCUCCCGUGUACCGAUGCUUGCACAUAUACUCGGUGUUGGGAGCCCGAGAAACCUUUGAGAACUACUACCGGAAACAAAGACGAAAACAGGCCCGCCUGGUGCUUCAGCCCCCGUCCAACAUGCACGAAACCCUAGAUGGCUACCGGAAAUAUUUCAAUCAAAUUGUAGGGUUUUUCGUGGUCGAAGAUCAUAUUUUACACACGACCCAGGGAUUGGUCAACAGAGCCUACAUCGACGAGCUGUGGGAAAUGGCCCUGUCGAAAACGGUCGCGGCCCUGCGGACGCACUCCUCCUACUGCUCCGACCCGAACCUAGUGUUGGAUUUGAAGAACCUCAUAGUGCUGUUUGCGGAUACGCUGCAGGUGUAUGGCUUCCCUGUGAACCAGCUCUUUGACAUGCUGCUGGAGAUCAGAGACCAGUACAGCGAGACUUUGCUAAAGAAGUGGGCGGGCGUCUUCAGAAGCAUCCUCGAUUCUGACAACUACAGCCCGAUCCCGGUGACGAACGAGGAGCUGUACAAGAAGGUGGUGGGGCAGUUCCCUUUCCAGGACAACGAGCUGGAAAAGCAACCGUUUCCAAAGAAGUUUCCUUUCUCCGAGUUUGUGCCUAAGGUUUACAAUCAAAUUAAGGAGUUUAUCUACGCCUGUCUCAAGUUCUCCGAAGAUCUGCACUUGAGCUCCACGGAGGUCGACGAUAUGAUCCGGAAGUCAACCAAUCUGCUGUUGACCCGGACCCUGAGCAACUCCCUGCAGAAUGUCAUCAAGCGCAAGAAUGUGGGUCUGACAGAGCUCGUCCAGAUCAUCAUCAACACCACCCAUCUGGAGAAGUCCUGCAAGUUCCUCGAGGAGUUCAUCACCAACAUCACCAACGUGCUCCCCGAGACCGUUCACACUACCAAACUCUACGGCACCACCACUUUCAAGGAUGCCCGCCACGCAGCCGAGGAGGAGAUCUACACCAACCUGAACCAGAAGAUCGACCAGUUCCUGCAGCUGGCCGACUACGACUGGAUGGCCGGCGAUUCGGGCAGCAAAGCCAGCGACUACCUGCUGGACCUCAUCGCCUUCCUGAGGAGCACCUUCGCUGUCUUCACGCACCUGCCUGGCAAAGUGGCUCAGACAGCCUGCAUGUCGGCCUGCAAGCACCUGUCCACCUCGCUGAUGCAGCUCCUACUGGAAGCAGAAGUGAGGCAGCUCACCCUGGGAGCCUUGCAGCAGUUCAACCUGGAUGUCAAGGAGUGCGAACACUUUGCCAGAUCCGGCCCAGUGCCUGGAUUUCAGGAGGACACGCUGCAGUUAGCCUUCAUCGACUUGAGACAACUUCUGGACCUGUUCAUCCAGUGGGAUUGGUCAACCUACCUGGCCGACUAUGGGCAACCCACCUGCAAGUACCUGCGUGUCAAUCCCACCACGGCCCUCACCUUGCUGGAGAAGAUAACCAGAGAGAUGAGAGACACCAGCCGCAAGAACAACGUCUUCGCGCAGUUCCGGAAGAACGAUCGGGACAAGCAGAAGCUGAUUGACACGGUGGCCCGACAGCUCCGGAGCCUCAUCCACAGCCAACACCUGUGAGCGCCCUUGCCGGCCCGCCCGCCCGCCCUCCCACCCUCCGAGCCCUGGAGCCAGCCUCCU